AUGAAGAGUAUUUUGUUGCUGUUGAUGACUGUGGGCUGCUGUGUGUGUGAACCCCAGACAGACUGCGGAGUAGAGUCUUCCAGCAGCUGUGCUCUCUGUUCCGUUACUCAAACCAUCGCCAUGGUAAUGGAGAGGGUGAAGGUUCUGGAGACCAGACUGGAGAAGAGCGAGAAGGUUGUGGAGGAGCUGAGAGGCCUUAUCGGAGGUCAACCUCAGGUGGCUUUCUCUGCUGCUCUCAUGGACUCUGGUUCUGGAAUCAUCGGACCUUUCACUGUGGAUACUCCUCUCAAAUAUAAGAAGGUCUUCUCCAACAUCGGCAGUGGCUACAAUCCUUCAACAGGUGUGUUCACAGCGCUGGUCAAAGGAAUGUACUUCUUCCGGUUCUCUGUGUUCAACAACGGGGCUGUUCCCGAAAGAUCGGUUGUAAGCCUGAUGAAGAACGGUGAGCAUCUCGCGUCUGUUUGGGACCAAAAGUCGUCAGAUCCUCAUGACAUGGGCAGUAACGCUGCAGUGAUCGCCUUGGAAACAGGAGACACCGUCUACGCUAAGCUCCUGGCCAACACGGCUGUCUACGAUGACGGCAUGAACUACAACACCUUCAGUGGCUUCCUGCUCUUCCCCAUGUAG